GCCCUAGGUACAGCAUUUCGCUCCUUAUACGUGUUAGUCUCUGGAAUGCCUGACAGUGCAUGCAUCGCGUGUCGACCACAAAGUUGGCGGCUGCUUCCCGUCGUACCUUUUUACGUUAAUGGCAAGGUUAGCGUCAAUGUCGCAUAGCUGCGACCGCGAGUAACAACACUUGGCUAGGCGUGCUGUUGCACGAAAGCGAAACAAACGAGGCUGACUACCAUGUGACGUCAAUUCGGCAAGGCGGUGCAGGGCCGUGGGAGCCAUAAGGUGGUUGGCCUUAGAGUAUACAAAAACAACUUGACGCGCUCACUCAAUGUGGAUUCUCAACAUACUCGAUAUCACAUAAUCUUUACCACAAAUUUCAACCAUGUCACCACGAUCCUCCCGUCUCAACAGCGCCCUCUUCGCGGCAUCCCUCUUGUCCACAUCAGCUACCGCACAAAACAGCACCCAAAACAGCACCGACCCCUCCUGUCCCAACCUAGAAAACGGCCUCUACAACCUUCCCGUAAACGGCACCGGCACAGCAAACGUAUCCGACCUCAUCCUUUCUGUCACAUUCGGCGAAUCGCGCAAUGCAGGCAACCAGGACAACCAAUUCAGUGCCAUGCAAAUGGCGUGGCUCAGUGCCCCAUCCGACAGCCAAGAACAAACCUGCGUGUGGUUCUUCGACGGCAUCGACAAUGUCAGACAGACCGGCGACAGUCCAAACAGCUGCGACGGCGUGAUACCGCAGGAAUGCGUUGAUCUUCUACAAAACCAGGUCACGCUCCCGGACAAUGUGCUUGAACUUAUGGGAGAUCGACCGGGUGGCUACAGUUGCCCUGGUCUGCGCUUCGACAAGGAUAAGCUGGAACAGGCUUGUGGACCGAUUAUCGGGGGUAACUUGGGCGGUAAUAUGCUGAGCACUGGCGCCACUGUGAACACAACAAACAUGACUUGUGAGAUUCCUCCAACAGGCGUUCAGCUUCCAGAUGGCUACCACACCCAAAGCAUUGGUGGGUUUGGUCCCAGGGGUGUUGGCAAUUACGACGAGCAGUUGGACAACUUCACCAUGUACGAUGAGUAUAUUACUCGUCCCCACCCUAUGAUCGUCGCGUCCGUUGCGAAUGGAAAGGCGAAGACGAGCGUUGUUUGCAUCGCGCCACAAGAUGUGCUCGAGGGAAGCCGUGUGCCCGCUGAGUCCGUCAACAAGCCGGAAGAUGAGGACGAUGAGAGUGCCGCGACAGGCCUUGCAUGGGGACGAAACACGGGUAUGGCUGUGCUGAUGGCAAGCGUGGCAGCUAUGUCUUUUGUGCUUGCGUAGACCCAUACAUGGACGUCAUAGCAAGUAAAAGUCACUGUAUGAUUAGGGAUGACGAAUACCAUAUACCAGCACAUGUUGAGACAGGCUUCACAAAAGGUGAAGUAGUCAAUA